AUGAGGGUCAGCUGCGGACCUCAGAGGGGCAGUAACGAGAUCUGGGACCCUCUCAUGGGCAGCAAAGGCUCUUCCUUGCAAAAACAACUGGUCCCAGGGCCCCUACAGGGACAUUGUCCACUGGGGCCCUUACAUUUGUCCUACCAGGUGCAGAGCCCCCUGUGGCUCUCCCAGGGAUGUAGGUGCCCUCAGGGGCCUCUCCGAAAAUCGACUGCUCCCCCACUGCCCCUCACAAGAGCGACUGUGCCCCCAGGGUCCAUGCCAGGGGCCAUCCUAUGGGCGGUGGUGCCCCCUGGAGCCUUCCCAAAUGAGGCGGCUCCCCCAGAGGCACUCCCAGGGUCGUCAGUGCCCUUAGGGGCCUCUCGCAAGAGUGACUGCCUCCCCAGGGGCCCUGCCAGGAGCAGUGGCUCCCCCAGGGGCCCUUACAGAGGCGGUGGUGCUCGCAGGGGACCUAAAAAGGACCUGAGAGUGCAAAAACAACUGGUCCCAGGGGCCCUACAGGGACAUUGUCCACUGGGGCCCUUACAUUUGUCCUACCAGGUGCAGAGCCCCCUGUGGCUCUCCCAGGGAUGUAGGUGCCCCCAGGGGCCUCUCCGAAAAUCGACUGCUCCCCCACUGCCCCUCCCAAGAGCGACUGUGCCCCCAGGGUCCACAUGCCAGGGGCCAUCCCAUGGGCGGUGGUGCCCCUGGAGCCCCCUCCCAAAUGAGGUGGCUCCCCAGAGGCACCCCAGGGUCGUCAAAACUUUAGGGGCCUCUCGCAAGAGUGAUCAUGCCCCCAGGGGCCCUGCCAGAGCAGUGGUUCCCCCAGGCCCUUAUAUAGAGGCGUGUGGUGCCUGCAAGGGACCCAAAAAGGACCCAGAGAGGUCUGCAGGGCUUCUAAGAGCGGCUGUGGCCCUAGGGGCCCCCAAAGACGGCAGCGCCUCCAGCGGCCCUCCUUAG